GAAAAUUAAAAGGGAAUUCGUCUUCCAAAGUAAUGAAAUGAUCAUCUUGUCUUUAAAAAAAAAAUGUCAAGUUCGAUGAAAUAUCAGAAUGAUCGUGAGAUCAUUGAGGACGAUGGAACGGAAAUUAAUGGAGAGAAGAAUGAUGAUUAUAAUGAUGACGAGAGAUAACAAAAAAUGACAGAUCUAUUAUCGUCCAGUAAAGUACGUGAACUUCAAGCUAUGUUGUUCCCAAUUCGAUCAAUCUCUGGUACGGCAUUGACGAGUUUGCAAACACCGCAGGAAUCACAAAUAUUGGAACGUUGUAGAAUUUUAAACGACGGCAUCGAAACGAAUUUAUUUUCAAGAUCCUUGGAAUCGGGGAAACAACGAAACACGAAGGAAACACUUAGAACAUUGAGCUCGCAAUGUAUCGCGGACAAUAUCAUUCAAGAAAUGGCACGUUGGCCAACGGAGUGUCAAGUAAUCCAAGAGAGGAUUCGUCAUAUAGAUUAUAAUCCGAUUAAUCCAGAACCAUUUUAUUUAUCUAACGGUAAGGAACCCACGCCAAAACCAAUUGACGAUGAGUUAGGUACCGUUAUAUUUCGUUACUGCCCAACUAGUGUUACAAAUUACUUUAAUAGAUCAUGCGUUGGUGGAAAUCCAAUUCUAUCGUCUUCCAACAAAACUUUCAAGGAUACGAACGAAUACACGUUAAAUUCUACGAAGGACGAAAAAAACAUUACCGAUAUGUUCUUCAUUGCUGAUACCAAUAGCGAUCUAAGAUUCGAGUCACGAUUCGAAUCUGGAAAUCUUGGAAAGGUCGUUAAAAUUACCGAUACGUAUUAUCAAUUGCAUUUGAGAAGGGAUUUAUACACUCAAAGACACACCCAAUGGUAUUAUUUUCAAAUAUCUAAUACCAGAAGUAGAAUCACUUAUAGAUUAUCGAUCGUAAAUAUGUGUAAGGAGGAGAGUCUAUAUAAUGAAGGACUUAGGCCACUUUUGUACUCGACCGAAGAUGCACGAACUAAAUCUAUAGGUUGGAGAAGAUGUGGGGAAAAUAUUAGUUAUUACAAGAAUGGCGAAUCAGACGAGGAAAAGGAGAAGCAUACAUUAACGUUUAACAUAUCCUUCCCACACGAUCAUGACACAGUUUAUUUGGCACACUGUUACCCAUACACGUAUACGGAUUUGCAGGAAUAUCUGACAAAAAUUGUCAGCGAUCCGAUAAAAACAAGAUUUACGAAGUUACGAUUGUUGUGCCGUACAUUGGCUGGGAAUGGUGUUUAUUAUUUAACGAUUACAGCGCCGCAUACAUACGACGAGGAUGUAAGAAAAAAACGUGGAGUUGUAAUAACGGCCAGAGUCCAUCCUGGCGAGACACCGUCCAGUUGGACAAUGAAGGGCAUCAUCGAUUUUCUUACCGGUGAAUCUAAUCGUGCCAAGGAGUUACGAGAACGAUUCGUAUUCAAGCUAAUACCAAUGUUAAAUCCCGACGGUGUUAUAGUUGGUAAUAACAGAUGUUCCCUAUCUGGUAAAGAUUUGAACAGACAAUAUAGAACGGUAAUGCGUGAAAGUUAUCCAUCAGUUUGGCAUACGAAAUUGAUGAUACGAAGACUCCUCGAGGAAUGUGGAGUAACUAUAUACUGUGACCUUCACGCACAUUCUAGAAAACAUAAUAUAUUUGCUUAUGGAUGUGAGAACAAAAGAACUGGAUGUACUAAUGCAAGACUAUCGGAACAAAUAUUCCCUUUGAUGUUACAUAAAAACGCCGCUGAUAAGUUUUCCUUCGAAAAUUGUAAAUUUCAUGUGGAAAAAGGAAAGGAAGGUACAGGUAGGGUCGUAGCUUGGUCAAUGGGUGUACAAAACAGUUAUACGAUGGAAGCUUCAAUGGGUGGCUCGAGAUUAGGAUCUAGAUCUGGUACACACUUUUCUACACAUGAUUACGAACAAAUUGGUAAAGCCUUUUGCGAGACGCUUCUUGAUUUUUCUGAUCAAGAUCCGGCCAAGGAAAAAUUACGAACGAAAAUUUUAAUGAGAUUGAUCAAAGAAGGAUCCAAUGCCGAAGAACCUAUUAAUAUCGAUUUAACCGAUUACUCAAGCGACGAAGGUGACAACUCGGAAAGUCAUGCAUCGGACGAAUCGAUGAUAAAUCCUUACGACGAAGUACACAAUGAAUAUCAUCCUGCACCACCGCCAUCUCCUAAUUUUGGUUCCACUGGAAGUAUGAAUUUAUUGAAGAGAAGAAUAAGAACGAAGGAGAUGGAACGAAAAUAUUUGGAACGAAGGAAAUUUUUGCAAUCUAGAGCCGUCAUGGAUUUGCAUACGACUGAUCCAGGAAGUGAUCUAUGUUAUAUGACAGAUUGGAUCGACGAUGAUCGAUCGAAGACAAGAGGUAUCUCAGCAAGAAUUCAUAGACAUAAAGGAGAAAAUAUUCUUGAUUUACGAGGAGGAUACGAAGGGAAAACAAAGAAAGACGAACGUACAGUAGAAUGUUCUUUACUUCCUGCCAUAAUUAGACCACGUAGUUUAUCAUUGGGUGAACAUUUAUUGCCCGACGAGGAUAAUCGAAAAAUUGAACAACGAGUACGUUGUCAUCGUUUGUCCAGGGUAUUGAAGCAUCCUUGUACAGCAUCCGUCGAAAGAAAGGUCUCAUCUUUCAGACAACAAUUUUGGAUGGGAAUACCAAUUCGUAAUACGGAAAAUGGCAUGACUGUUAUUAAUAAUGAUUUCGGAAAAGUACCAUUAAGUUGGGGAAUAUCUAGUCUCGCUUUAACAAGUUGUAAUAGAAAUAAUGAAAUAUUGUUAAGGACGUGCACAGAAAAAUUACGAACGCUCGAUUAUUUCGAAAGAACGACGGAAUUGAGAAAGACAAAAAAGAAAUCACGAAGGAAACAGAAUAUCAUUGUUAACGAACAGAUUAGAUCGAGAGAUAAGGAGGUUGUUCAAGAUGAUAUACGAGAUGAUAAGAAGGUCAAAGUUACGAAGAAGAAACGAUCCCGAUUGAAAUGGGAAAUGGCAGUGAAUUUGAGUUCUAACAUAAAGGACAAUAACAAUGGUACAAAUAAUAAAAAUUCAUUUCUAUCUGUUAAAGCGGAUUCUUUAAAAUUAUUUACAACUACUACAUCGGCGAAGAAAGAACGAAGAGAAGAAAAAUUAGAUACACGCGUUAAGAAUAAUAAAAAUGAUAUCGUCGUAGCUACUGAGAGAAUAAUUGCUAGAAACAAAAUUAACAAAAUUCGUACUAUACAACAAUUGAAAUCAUUAACAGCGCCUGUAUCGGAUAGCUCGAAUUCGGAGGAUAGUUUGAACAAUCCGAGUAAAUUGAAGAAUGGAAAGAGAAAACAGAAAAAAAAGAAACAAUUAAAAAAAACGAGAAUAUCUAAUGGCACUACAGGAAAUAAUAAUAAAAAACGCGUUGCUAGUGCAAAAACAAUGAAAUAAUCCAUUUCAUUGAGUGAAAAAAAUUAAACUGCUCUGAUUAUUAUUCUCAAAAUAUUCCAUUGAUUGCAUAAUAAAGUGAUACCCAGCUAUACCUCUCUACAAGUAUAUAAGUAUAUAUAUGUAUGCGUAACAUAACGAAGUCGAAAAAACAGAAAAUUAUUUAUUAUGUGCUAUUCAUUCUAUCGCAUUAAUAAGCCUUUCAAUGAAUUAACAAUUAUUCCAUAAAUACACCAAACAUAUAACAUAUAAUUAUCGAUCAACUUAUGUUUUAUAUUGAUUAAUACAUAUAAUGAAAUUUAUAUGAUUGUGUAAAUUCAACUUCUGAUAUAACUCACGUAAAAUAAAUCAUUAUAGCUUAAUAGUAUGACUUGAUAAGAAGAUAACGACUUGCAAAAAAAUAUAUUA